UCUUCCUUUUACUCUUACUUAAGCAUAUCUCUCUAUACUUCCCAGUUUUCAAUUACCUAGCAACAAAUCAAGGCCGUCAAUCUCUUUAGUCAGUCAGCACCUCAGCACAAUGUCUAUCCCGAACGAAGCACUGCAGAAGCUGGUGCGAGAGAUCGAAAGCCAGGCGCUGGUAGCCCAGCAGCAGAUUGGCCUGGCCAGGACUCAAAUGACAUCGAAACAACGAGAGCAACGUCUAGUCAAGCUCACACUCAGCGAAAUGGCCAGUCUGCCCCAAGACGCUGUCGUCUACGAGGGUGUCGGCAAAAUGUUCGUCUCGCUCCCGGUGGAUUCACUUCGCCAAAAGCUUGAGAGCCAGACACAGACUUUGGAGGGCGAGGUGGACAAACUGAGCCAGCGUCUGCUUUAUUUGGAAACAACACACAAGAAUAGCCGCGAGCAUAUCGAGCAGAUGCUCCGCGCCAAGUAAACUAAGAGCUGAAUGUUACGCACGAUCAAUCUGACUUCCCUCUAUUUCUGAGGGUAUUUUUUAAACGCUGCC